UUAUUAUUAUUAUUAAUGCAAUUACAUUACGACUAUUAAAAAUUCUGAAAGCAGUUCUUGUUUGAGAUACCCACUUUCUUCGUGAAAGACGUUUACUCUCCUUUGUAUCAGAGAAGCUAACUAUGGUAUUUAGUUGCUAUAAUUAAUUUAACACUAGAAUUACCAAGCCGGUCAAUUUUACCUGUGUACUGCAAACUUAUUUCUAAAGACACUCGAUUAUUAACAUUCUUUUAAUCGCGAUAUUUAAAGGCAAUUAUUGUAACAUAAAAUUCAUUUGACAGACAAAUUAGUUUACUCCUCUCUUCUGUAAUUACAAAAAUAUUGUAGGUACGCACUGAUCUUGGUAGUUUUAGUAUUAACCCUUUGACUCUCAGUCACAUUUUAACGUGAUGCAGUAAUUCGAGAGGUGAUUCUUGGUCACCACCAGUUUGAAUCAACCAGCAGUAAUCCUUGUGUAAGUUUAAUUUCACUAGAACUCGAAGUGUUAAUAAAAUAAUUGUUGAAGGGGUAAGGGUGAUCUGAUUUUCAAAUCUCAAAUUAGAAAUCUCAUCUUCAAAGUCAAUCUAAGCUUAGCAUUUCUGGCAAUAGAAUGCUAAGAAAGCAUCUCGAGUUGCUGGUAGAUACCAGUAAAAAAGGCCUCGAGUGCAAAGGGUCAACCCUUAUUGAACUUAUGUCAUCUUCUAUCUGACAUUAAUAUUUUUACCCUAUCGAAUGUCCUAAUUUGAUGUGACAAUAACUUUUAGUGAAAAAAUGGUAGUUUUAUUAUAGCUUUUUAAUAGCGGAGAAAAGAAGAAAGCGCAUUUUUAACACAAAAAGUGUUAUGCUAGAAAAGAGGUACGUGCUUUUAUAUUAAGUAGUGUGACUUGCAACUGGUUUUCAUGUACGCACCUAGUCAAGUUUAAAACGUUGGCGUACAAUAAGAAUUAAAUUGUACUUAACAAAGACUCCACAACUCAGAAGAGAAUUUCUACGUUAGAGUAUAUUAAUACUAAAUAAUAUGUUAGUUUCUACAUAUUGUUACUAGGUACAACAAAAGUCUGUCACCUCAAAUUGAGCUUUACAAGUGAAUUAUUAACGACAAAGUUAAUAGUUAUUUAUAGAUAAAUACUGAAAUAAAAAAAAUCUAUAAACAUGUUCACUGUAGAUAAAGUGUUAAUAAGUAUCGAGAUUUGUGCAAUAUUCGAGGCCACGAAUCCAAUGAGAGUUAGACCAAGAUCAAGUUAGUCACGACUACUUUUAUGAUUUUAUCAUCAACAUUUUUAUUUACAUAUUCACCACUUUUCAUUCAUUUCCAUGAAAAGUAAUAAAAGACGGUAAAUUUAAUUGGAUUUCUUGUUUGCAAUGAGACAGUUUUACCUGGAAAUCAGAUAAUUAGAUCUUUCUUGAUAUCAUUCAAUAACGAACGGAAUUAUUAUUAUGUAGUUCUAUCUAAAUUCCAAGAACAUCUACGCUACCGUUUUGUUCGUAUUUGCCUUUGUACACCGCUGCAGCAAAUGCACAAAAAGUACAAGUUAAGAAACACGAUAUCGUUUAAAAUAAAUGAAACUACUUAAAAUAUAAAUACAUUGUUUGUAAAAACCUCUCGAGGGAUUCUGACGCAUAUAAAAUAUACAAUAUUAAAGUGAGACAUCAUAAUUGUAUAUUAAAAUCAAAAAAUAAAAUUUAUUUAAAAUUCAUCCCUCGAGAGAUUCAAAUGUAUAAUUUAAUUCUACUCUGGAGGUUCGAUGAAGACCUUAUUGAGAUGAUCCCAACGAUAAACUUUACAACAAAAUGCGUACUUUGUGGACUUCUCAAAUAUUUUGCAUACCAUGUCAAAGACGAUUUACGGAUAACAUAAAACUUUCGAGGCGUCCAAUGAUUUAUGAAGAACCGGUAUCGUCGUACGCGUACGUUCGUUCCACGUGUAACUCUUGUUGAUACUUUGAUAAAGAUCGUGAAACAAGACGGGAAGCCUUGGGUCCUGACCAAUCUCUCCAACGGAAUCACGUAUAAAGCUACUCUAUUUUCAACUCCAGACGCGACCAGGUCGACAAUAAAUGCCUGUGCAAAUAUGCUAUAGAUUAGCGAGAGAAAUCUCAAGAAUGGGGAAACAGUAACACACUCGUUUAUGUUUUAUGUAUCGCGCCUACAACUCAUUAAGAUAUUAUUAUUUACUGCUUAGUUACUUAACUUCCGAUCUACGCGAAGCUUUUACGCGGUUCAGACCCUGGGAGUCCAUUGUAUUAGAGUUUAUAGUUUUAUUGUUGCUUCUCGUAAAGAAAUUUAUUGUGUCUGUAUUUUUAAGAUAUUGUAACGCGUAAAAGUAACGCCUAGGUUUUAAAUGAGCGAAUGUGCGCGUGUUAAGUACCGAGGAGAGUUUGUGUAAAUGCGGUGGAGACCCUGUCUAAGAGGCGCCAGCUCUGGCUUGACCCCAUGAACACUUAUAUUAUUUGUACACUGUGGGUUGUAAUAUUCUCUGAUUGAUUAUGGGACUCGGGACAAGUCUACCGAACCUCUUCUAAAUUUCUAUGUAAUUUUGCUAGUACAGCUGAUUUAUUAAUAAAGGCAGCACUUCUAUUCGCGUAGACAGUAAAAGCGUGACUCCCAUGGCCGUGUUGCUUAAUUAAUAGUACUUAAGAAAAGGCAACAAGCAUUUGUUAAGCAACAUCGCGGAUAAGAAACCUUCCAUUUCGGGUUUACAUGUCAAAGAUACAGACUGUUUCGUUAAUCUUGAGUAGCCUAGCAUCUUUGUUGUGAUAAAGGUAGGUAAAGGUUCUAUUUUUGAUAGAAUGUAAUUUAAACUAUGAAAAAGAUCUCGAUAUAAUUUCAUUAUUUGUUAUUACUGAACUGUGAACUUUAUACAUUUAUAACGUACAAUAAUAUGGAAAACAUACAAAAAAUAUACAUUUAUGGACGUUGAAUAUAUUUUACAAUUAAUAUAAUAAAACUGUUAUUUCAUUUUGCAUCAGUUAACAUAGCUUUUGCUUAUGUUUAGCAUGUAUUUAUUAUAUCAAUUUAUAUCAUAAAUGCAUACAAUCCGCAGUCGAGUUAUUGUUAUAGCUGUUUUUGACACUGCGUAUCAGUUAAUUGAUUUAUAUAUCAAAAUUAAUAUUAUCUUAUCAUAAUAUUAAACUACAUGUAGCUGGAAUAAUUACAAACGAUGAAAUCAUUCUUUCUACUUGUAUGCCAAAUUAUAUUCUGUCACAAAUAAUUAAGCGUUCAGAUACAAAACAAAUAAUACUGAGAAAAUUGAAUCGUUAGCAUACCAUUUGUCUUUCCAAAACAAAUAUCUUUUUCCCUACAAAUUGCCUACACUGGCUUCCAAUUUGCAUUACAUCUCAGAAGUCGUGUAUCAGAAAAUCAUGAAAUUUGGUGUAGCGACUUCUAUAUAUGAACUGUAUUGUAUAUUCUAUAUAUGAUUAGUGGUAGUAAUAGUCGGGUGCCUUUUAGACAGGAAAUUUUCGCUCCUCUUAAAUAGGAUUCACCAUACUAUCUGGGUUACAAUGAGCUUACCCAGCAAUCUGUUUGAAAUAUUUAUGUACAUCUUUUCUGAUGAAGAAUACUUGUAUUUUCCUUUAAAAGAAGAAAUGCAGUAACUCAUGUCUCUAGAAACUUUGUAUUUAAUAAUUGAAUUAAUCGAAAUUAAAUUUUAUUUAAUAGCUACAGAUUUACAACGUUUCUUCUUUUAUUUUGUAGCUACGUGUUCGCGUUGUUUAUGCAACAAAGGGUGGUCCACGCAACGUGUGCACCUUUAUAACUUCCAAAAUAUGCGUUGCUGGAGAAAAUGUUAUAUGUAUACAAAAGUUGCAUGGCUUAAAAGGGUACACUACGUAGUGAGUUAAUUUUUUGUACAUGUGACGUUUAGGAGAUUUAAACCUUUGCGGUCGUAUGUCUGCUCUCAGCCAUCACAACAAAGAACCGUACUAAUCUUAUGUUGUAUUCCGCAGACUGAAAAGAUUAAAGCUGUUAGACAAUAGUAAUAGAUUCUAAGAUAUUAGUGUAAUAAUAGAUUAAUGGAAAGAUUAAUGAAAAGAUCAUUAGUAAUUAUAUUAAGUUAUACAAGAAUAUGUGAACCAGUGGGUGGAAUAUCUGCAUGUUAAAUUUUUCAAAAACAAAUAUAUUGAAUAUCGUUAUUUUUUCUGUAACAGAUUGUAAUAAAUACCAAAUAAUCGAAAAUACUUGGUAGAAUUCCAAGUAAUAUUUUACAAAUUGUGUUUAAGUGUAAUGAGGGAUUAUGGUUUCUUAAAAUAUUUCAAAAACAAUACUCCAAAAUGGCAAUAAGAAAGUUGAAGAAAGUUACCGAAAGAUACCACAUGAUGGAGAACUAUAAAAUAUAAUGUUUACAUAAAAACGUUACAUUAAAACACAUUAUUGUGUAAACAUAUAUAUCUAAAGUCUACAAAAGAAUGAAUAAAUCUUGUUUAUCCUUCAUAAGCUUGCAUAUUAUGUAUCACUGCUCGUUCUUGGGAAAUUAAUUCCGACCAGAGCAAUAGCCAUGCCUAAAUUUAAUACGACCGUAAAGGAUUAAAGGACAACUUUGUCGCUUUAAAUAGAAUACUGUAUUUUGUAUACAAAAAUAUGAAUCAAAUUCCAAAUAAAAAAGUGUUGACCUUUGUUAGCCCUAAGCCUAAUAGGCAGUAAUUGUCCCGAGUAAUUUCACGAGUGAUUUCACUUUAUUACUCGAACAUUUUCUUCGCGUAAUAUCAAGUCGGAGGUUCAACCUUAUCGGAGAUUUUCCACAGGACAGCGAUGUUUACGUAACAAUGUUUAUCGACGCGACACCAUCUAUCACGACCCGCAAUCUUCUAUCGUGUUCGUGAUCCAGUAUUGAAGUUACCUUCGAUGUUGCGUGUAAUUACCAGACAGAUAAAAGAAAAAUUGAAAUUUUGUAACGGUGAAGAAAAUGAUAUGCUUUCAGUUUAUGGUGGCUGGCAUAAAGAUGCAGUAAGAGCCAAAGUUAUGUAUGCUGAGAGGUAUCCUGAAAGGUAUAUUCUGAACUGAAAUCAGUAUUUGAGAGAUUGUCUGAAUCGCUUUGACGAACCGGAAGUUCUGUUACUAAACGUAGCAAAACGUGCUACUUCAGACAAAAAUAAGAUUGCGGUCCUAGCAGCGAUAACAAAAAAACCCCGUAUGAGUACACUGCAGAUUUCAAGAGGAUCUGAAAUUCCCAAAACAAGUGUACUACGAAUUCAACAUAAAGAAAAACAUCAAUUGAAUCACCUAGCACUUCAUCAUAGCACUUUUUAGCUCCAUGGCUGUAAACGUCGCUGUUCUAAGGAAACUUGUCAUAAAUAGACUCCGGAUCUCCAUGCAAAAUCAAAUCUUGGCAAACGUACCUACAAAAAUUGAACCUAAAUAGAAAUUUAGUUCAAUAAUAUCUCUAUGAAGGAUUCGUGGCUGAAUAAUCCAGUGAUUCAGCUUUCUGUUGCCAAAGCUCAGAACAAACGCCUGGCACCGGCAACAGGCACAAUCGAGCGAUAACAAUUUGAAACCCGUGAAAACACUCCAAUAGGAAGAUAGUACAGCAUCAAUGUUUGCGGUCUGUGAGCAUAGUGCGGGCAACGUGCGAGCAUCAGUUUGCGAUACGGUCGCACCAAGUUGACGACUGUAGUUCCUCCCGUGAGUUCGGUUAACAUCAUUGAAACGAUAUCGGGAGGAUCCCGACGGACGUCUGACUGGAAACGCGUGCUCUCUUCGAUAUCGAAGCAAUGCCAGUACCCGAUAAGGAUUCUGUUAGUCUGGAAACAGAAUCAGAAAAGAAACAGAAUUAUUCAAUUGCCAAGUACGUAACUAUAUUAAGUUGGUUGCCGAAUUAUACCCGAUUGGAUGCUAUCUCGGAUUUGGUGGCUGGAGUGACUCUAGGACUAACGCUCAUUCCUCAGAGUAUCGCUUACGCUGCACUAGCAGGUCUGACGGCACAGUAUGGACUCUACUCUUGCUUCGUGGGCGCUUUUAUAUAUAUUAUUUUUGGGACAAUCAAAGAGGUAUCAAUUGGACCUUCGUCUUUGAUGUCCAUCUUAACUUUGGAAUACACUAGAAACAUGCCUGUGGACUUUAUCGUGCUUUUCACUUUUCUGGCUGGAUGCGUAGAAUUGCUGAUGGGGAUACUACAUUUAGGGUUCUUAGUAGACUUCAUAUCCAUACCUGUUACAUCAGGAUUCACAUCAGCCACUUCUAUUAUUAUAAUCGUGGCUCAGUUGCAAGGGCUUCUGGGAUUGAAGUUCAAGGCAUCCAGCGUUGUUGCAGAUCUAAUCAAGAUAUGUCAAAAUAUUAAAAACAUUCGUGUACCAGAUAUGACUCUUGGACUUUGCAGUAUAGCCUUUCUUCUAUCUUUCAGAAAAUUAAAAGAUCUGGAUCGCUGCUUUUCCAAUAACAAACAAAAGGGAAAUGACAAAGAAAGUGUUUUAAAAAAGAUCUUGUGGUUUCUUCCUAUCUGUCGCAAUGCUUUGGUGAUACUAAUAACUUCCACGAUAGCAUUCUAUCUCGAAAGAGCAGGAUCAACCCCAUUUAUUCUUUCAGGAAGGAUACAAUCAGGACUUCCUACGGUAUCCUUGCCACCAUUUUCAUCGCAAGUGGGAAAUCAAACUUACACUUUCUUCGACAUGUGUUAUCAUUAUGGAACAGGGAUAAUCGUGUUACCUCUUGUGUCAGUGUUAGCGAAUGUGGCUAUUGCCAAAGCAUUUGCGAGCGGCAAGACCCUAAACGCGACGCAAGAAAUGCUAACACUUGGUUUGUGUAAUAUAUUUGGGAGCUUAUUUUCAGCUAUGCCAAGUACCGGAGCGUUCACGAGAAGUGCUGUAAUUUCUGCCAGCGGUGUCCGAACACCUCUGGCUGGCAUAUAUGUUGGUAUCAUGGCGUUAUUGGCGUUAAGCUUUUUAACUCCAUACUUUUAUUAUAUUCCACGUGCCACGCUUGCAGCAGUGUUGAUAAGCGCUGUAGUGUUCAUCAUUGACUUGAAGAUAAUAAAGCUACUCUGGAAUGGAAGCAAAAAGGAUGCCUUCGCUGCAAUAGUUACAUUCUUAGUUAGCGUCUCUUUAGGAGUGGAAAUAGGACUUUUAACUGGCGCCCUAUUUAAUGUAAUUUUCCUCCUUCGACCAUCUGCAAGGCCAAACAUUGAAGUAUUACAAUGCAAGACUCAACAUGGAGACAAAUACGUAAUGAUCAAACCAGAUGCUGGACUUCUUUAUCCUGCUGCUAACUAUUUUUGUAAUAACGUAAUCGAAAUUGUUCAAAAAUAUGAUAAAAAUGACAUGGUAUUCAUUAUUAAUUGCGAAAGGAUACAAACUAUUGAUUAUUCAGCGAUAAAGGGAAUUGAAAUACUAUCGAGAAGUAUGAAUACGGAAAAAAAGAAACUAUGGUUCUUGAACGUUAAUUCAGAAGUGUCUCAAAAUAUCCAAAUUCUUGGUAAUAAUAAAUACUUUUGCUUCAUUGACGAAGAAGACAAAAUAUCCUGUAUAUUUUACGAUGAUACAAUAACGACAAAUAGAGAAGAAGUGAAAGAAAAACUUUUAGAAAAUGUUGUAGAAAGGGCAACGUUUACUCUCAUAAAUGAUAGAGACUGUUCACAGACAAUUGACAAAUGUGUAGAAAAUGUUGAUGACGGUCCCGAAGAAAUUGCAUUAAUGUCGACGUUAUCAUCUAAAACAAAAUAAAAAUAAAAACUGAAUCGACUAUUAAUUCGAAUCAAUAUUUCGUCGAAACAACGAAUAUCGAGAAUAAAGAUAAAUAAUUGUUCUUUGUCUUCGAAAAGGAGGAGGUUACUCUAUUCAAUAUGUAUAUAUAUAUUUUUUUCUUCUUCUAAAUGUCCAUCAACUUCGAAAACGAAAGAGUUAAUAAAAUUUGAUAAAUAACGUGA